AUUAUUUUUCUCCUUUCCCGCUAUUUUUCAUCUCUUUAUUCUAUCUCUCUUUGGGCUUUCCACUUUUUCGGAUUUCAUCUCUUUAUUUUUCUUUUGCAUUUGCUUCUCCUUUCUCUUUAUUUCCACUGCAAGGCAAAACAGCAGCUCUCUGCAUCUCCAAAGGUCGCCGAUCUGGUUGUUGCCGUUCUGCAGGCACCAUCUCUGAUUGUAGAAGCAAGUGCAGAAGCACUUGCAUUGACAGAUGCACUCUUGAGGAAAUGGAUCUCGAAUUACUGGAAACUAGGUAUGAAAAGCUAUUUGAAGAGUUGGAAUGGCUAGGUAGAGGAGGGUUUGGUUGUGUGAUAAAAGCUAGGCAUAAAUUUGAUGGCAUGGAAUAUGCCAUCAAAAAAGUCUUAAUCCAUCCUCAUAAUCUGAAGGAAGAAGAAGAUGCAAUCAGGGAAGUUCAUGUUUUUUCGCAACUAAAUCAUCCAAACAUCCUGAGAUACAACACGGCUUGGAUCGAGGACAAGCUGACUGGCAAUAGCCGAUGUGCAGAGUUUCCAAAUCAGGCGGAUGAUGCUUCCAGUGAUGAGGAUGACAAUGAUGAGUCAGAUGAUGGUGGUGUGGGUCUCUGUCUCUAUAUUCAGAUGGAAGUCCGUCCAAGGUCAUUGAAAUCAGAAUUGAAAAUAAGAAGGUUGGAGAGGGAUGAGGUUUAUGACAUCCUAAAGCAGAUAUUGAUGGGCCUAUCCUAUCUUCACAGUAGAGGUGUGGUGCAUGGAGAUCUAACCCCAUCUAACAUCUUUAUUGACAAAGAUAACAACAUCAAACUUGCAGACUUUGGCCUUUCAAAAUUGAUGGGGGAAGAUGAUCUAUCUCUGAUGUGUGCUGGAGCCCCUCCAUACAUAGCUCCUGAACUUCUACAUGGGCCCUGCAAGCCCAGCCCAAAAUUAGAUAUUUUCAAUUUGGGAAUCAUUUUUUUUGAACUAUUACAUUUCUUUGAAUCUGAUCUGAAGAGCCCAAGGUUGACUGCCAUUGACAAACUGAGGAAAAAUCAGGAAUUCCCUGAAGGCUUCCCAGCUGCUGAGAGGAACCUCAUUGGAAGAUUGGUUAAUGCAGAGCCAUCUCAAAGACCUGAGAUGCAUGAAGUAACAAAAGAAGUAGAAGUCUUGGCAAGAGGCGUUUAAUCUUUUAUUGAACGUAUUCUGUUUGGGCGCCUCCAUGAAUACUUUGUCUGUUCAAUUUUCUUUUUGCAUUUUUCCUGAGAUUGCUCUUAUGAAUUCUAAUUUUACGAUCUGAUAAAUUGGUUCAAUUUGGAAGUAGUCUAGCUGUGGAUCCUGUUUUCAUUGACUUCCAACUUUUGAUGUAAUUUUCCAGUUAUUUUGCAGUGAAAUAGAUUUACUUACGGGUGUGUUCAUGGUGAA